UUAUGUUCGUGAUAUAUCUUCCUCUGAUAUUACAUCUUCGUCAGAAAGUGAGUAUGAAGAGAUGGACAUAAAUGAUAUAUAUCCAUAUAAAUCUCCUAAAUACAAAACUUUGAUCGAAAUCGUACUAAAACCUAGUAACAAAACAUAUGAUACAAAGGAUAAUCAUAUAGAUCAUAUGGAGAACACACAGGAUACACACCAUAUACAUAUGGAUAAAAAUGAUGAUAGUAAUAAAAUUACAGAUAAUGAUUGGAAUAGUUUAAAAAAUGAUUUUAUCUCAAACAUUUUACAAAAUACACAAAUGGGUUUACCUAAGGAAAAUACAACUUAUGAUAAUAUGUAUAAGGAUAGCCAACUUGAUGAUAAUAUUUUACGCGUUAAUAAGGAAGAGAAACCUUUUAUUUCUGAAAUUCAAGAUAGAGAUUUACAUAAUAAGGAACAUUUCACGUAUAAUAUUAAUAGGAAUGUUCCCGAAAAAAUUAAUAGGACUACCAGUAUCAUAGAUGAUCUAAAAUAUUUUUCAUAUAACCUAUAUUCUGGAACUGAUUUAAUAAAUGAUUCAUUAAACGGUUAUCAACAUGUUGAUAUAUAUGAUGAAUUGCUAAAACGAAAAGAAAACGAAUUAUUUGGAAAAAAAACAUCCACAAAAUAUUAG